AUUUCUCCUGAACGUGUUAGGAAAUCAGACCUUUGAGAUGCGUGCAUUAGAGGACAGGCACCAGGAGGACGUGACAGCCCUUAAGAAGAAGCUGCAGUGGUUUGCUGAGAAGCAGCAGAUGCUGGACAGAGAUGCUGGCAGGCUGAAGGCUGCUACAGCUGAGAUACACCAGCUCAGAGAACAGGUAGAAAAACUGAAACAGGAAGUGGGCAAAAGAAACAGCUGGCAGAGAAAGGCGAGAGACAAAUUUGUGGACUUGAAGAGGAUGAAGGACUUGGAGCGACAGGUGAAGGAGCUGGAACAAAUACUCAGGAGCAGAAACCCAAACUCGCUGCCUGCUUUGAUUUAUGCUGCAGCCACAUCUGCCAGCCACGAGGACGCUGGCGAAACGUCCUCUUCCAGCCGGAUCACUGCUCUGCUGGAGCGAAGGAUCCAACGUCUGGAGGCCGAGCUGGAGAAUCACGACGAGGAAGCCAAACGCAGCCUCCAGGUUAUGGAGCAGCAGUUUCACCGAGUCAAGCUUCGCUACGAGCAGCAGGUCUGUGAGCUGGAGCAGCAGCUGCAGCGGCAGCAGCAGGUUGGAGCAGCAGCUGGGUCCCAGUCAUCAGUAGUCCAGGCUCUGGAGGAAGAGCUGUACCGUGUGAAGCAGAGCCACACACAGACAGAGAAAUCUCUGCAGGAGCAGAUCGAGUCUCUCCAGCAGCAGCUUAAACACAAGGCCCUGCUGAGUCCCGGCCGGCACCAGCGCCAAGCCGAGGCAGCAUUUGGCGUGCGGCUUGAGCGGCUGAAUCAAGAGCUCGCUAAAAAGACACGGACCAUUCAGGAACUGAAGAAGGAACGGAGGAACACGCCGUCUGCCCCCAACACACGAGCAGAAAGACGAUCCACUGAGACCACAUCUGCCAGCCACGAGGACGCCGGCGAAACGUCCUCUUCCAGCCGGAUCACUGCUCUGCUGGAGCGAAGGAUCCAACGUCUGGAGGCCGAGCUGGAGAAUCACGACGAGGAAGCCAAACGCAGCCUCCAGGUUAUGGAGCAGCAGUUUCACCGAGUCAAGCUAGCUGGAGGCACUGGAAGAUUUUUUUCAUAUUUUCUUCUGACAGGGAGUCAUAUCUCUGAGGUUCUGCAGGAGAACGAAGCUUUAAAAAAGCAGGUGGAGCGUGUGCUGCUGCAGAGCGAGCAGGAGAAGGAAGCUCUGAAGGCCGAUGCUGCUCAGGCCGAGCAGCAGCUGUCCAGGUACAGUUCUAAACUGCUGCAGGAGCUGAAGGAAGCUAAAGAAGCUUCAAGCUCGGAGGUGAAACUCCUGUGCACCUUGGAGAGGAAGAUACUGAACAUGGAGCUCCGACACCAGCACAGAGAGAAGGAGCUGCAGCAGGUGCUUAGGGGGGCGUGGCAGACGCCAGGUGAUGAUCUGCAGUCUGAGCUGGAGCACUGGAGACGCCUGGCUCAGGACAAGAGCAGGGAGAUGGAUGCUUUCCGCCUUGAGCUCGACUCCAUCCUGGACAUCCUGAGACAUCUGCAACGACAGGGAGCGGUUCUGCCGCCUCCUGAGCUCGCUGUUCCACAGAGGAGUUAACACAGCGUUUGAAAGCUGAGACUGUGAAUGCUGCAGAUUCCAUGCCAGCGUGUCAGCAAUAGAAGCUUUUACUUUUUAUUUAAACAACUAUCUAUUGUUAUAUUUUUCAUGUUAAUGGUUUAUGACCAAAGACCUGCAGAGACGGGCUUACCAUCCCUGCCUCCACAGAGGAAACAGUCGUGUAAAAUAAAGAAACCUCGUGAACAUUA